AUGAUGCAAGUUUUGGGAGGACCUGUGCCUCCAAACACUGACCAUGCCGUCAGUGUAUCACUCCCAACAUGGAGGGCAAAUGUUGGCUACGAGGAAGGAGAAGAUUGGGUCGUGAAAAAGAUGCAAUGCGGUUAUCCUCGAUUCUUCAUCCAUCCUAUUAUACAAAAGCUCGCCCAAGAAGUUGUCCGCCGAGUCGGUGACCCCAAUCUCGAGACCGCAAUCCUCUUCCCUUCGAUAAAGUCAGCGCGCAUCUGUCACUCAUUUUUGAUUGGCAAAAUCCCUGCGGAUCAGGCCUACAAAGCACGCAUCGUCAACUUCAUCCCAGCCCCGACUACCGAAGCCGGAUCAAGCAUUACCUCCUCGUUGUCGUGCGUCGUUUACCCCAAAGAAUACGCCUCCAUAACCAAACAGGUAUGGCAACACUCGGGUAGUGGCAUCUCCAGUCGACGAGGUGAGUUCUGUCUUGGGGCUUUGGAGGAUGGAUUCCUGGUGGAGGACAAGGGCUUUGCCACUGCGGAAUCGAUCUCGCAGUGUCCUCGCAAGGGCCCCCGCAGAUACCAAAGCGAUGGCAGAGAUUAUGCUCAAUUUAUCGAGGAGCGUUUUGGCCGUAACCUCAGUACUUCUCUCGCUAACCAGGCCAAGUUGGCCGUUCGCAAACGUAUCGCCGGUGUCUUGACAGCUGAUGUAGAGUUGCCGGAAGCACUGAAGACAACUUCAUCCGAAGGUCGAGUCGCUGGCAUUUCUGAGGACGAUGUCUACCUUCACCCUUCGGGCAUGAACGCCAUCUUCAACGCUCACCAAACCUUGCUGACCACUCGAGGUGACUUGCCGUCAAUCUGUUUCGGCUUUCCUUACACGGAUACGUUGAAGAUUCUCCAGAAGUGGGGACCAGGCUGCGUAUUCUAUGGUCACGGCUCCUCGGAAGAUCUGGAUGAUCUGGAAUCUCGAUUGAAGGCCGGUGAGCGAUUCCUUGGUCUCUUCACGGAAGCACCGGGCAAUCCCCUUCUCAAAACACCAGACCUCAAGCGGAUACGCAAAUUGGCAGAUCAGUAUGGGUUUGCCAUAGUGGUUGACGAGACCAUCAGCAAUUUCUUGAACAUCAAUGUCUUGCCCCUGGCAGACAUCGUUGUCAGCAGCUUGACCAAAAUUUUCAGCGGAGACAGCAACGUCAUGGGAGGCGGUGCCGUUCUCAAUCCUCAUGCACAAUACUAUACAUCCAUUAAAAAGGUUUAUGACCAGGAAUAUGAAGACAUAUACUGGGCAGAGGACGCAGUUUUCCUGGAGAGAAACAGUCGUGACUUUGUUGCUCGCAUUGGACAGAUCAAUGUUACCACUGAGAAUAUCACAGCUAUGCUUAAGGAAUCCCCUCUCGUCAAAGAGGUUUACUACCCGAAGUACAGUCCAACAAAGCCACUAUACGAUAGCCUUCGCAAUCCCAAUGGCGGUUAUGGUGGCUUGUUCUCUGUCACGUUCCACUCCACAGCCGAGGCGAUUGCGUUCUACGACACCAUAGAGGUUCUCAAGGGUCCCAGUCUUGGAACCAACUUCACCUUGAGUUCUCCAUACGUCCUCCUGGCUCAUUACGGCGAAUUGGACUGGGCGAGGUCCUUCAAUGUCGAUCCCGAUUUGGUGAGAAUCAGUGUCGGAUUGGAGGAGGUGUCUGAUCUGCGCUCUACAUUUCAACGGGCCUUGGACGCAGUGCAGAGUGUUCGGCAGUCAAGUGCUUAG